GCUUUAUCUGAACAAGCCAAAAGUCUCACGUUAGAAGCCGAGGUCCGAUUGCAUCACUAUGCGGGUUGUUGGAUUACCUAGCUCCCCUAAGAUCCCUCCCUCUUCAGUGGAGUAAAAGUACCCUCCAGGGCUAUCAUCCAAUCCCCUAAGCCGAAGUUACGGGCUGCACAGGCUAUUAGUUCCCCAUCUGGCACGAGGUCAGCAUUCUUUCCCCAUGUUCUCCCCGGCAUAUGCCCCGCAUCCCAUUCGUCAAACCCCUUUGGAACUCUCCAUUUUAAUCAUUUUCAUUCUCGGCUUUCACAUGCGAGAGAUGCUAUACUUCUUAGCACGGAAUAUGCCAAAGAUCAAUUCCUUAUUAUUUUUCUUUCAUCUUGUGAUGAUCCCGAACUCAAUCCAAAGCCAAGAAUAUCUAUAUCUUUACUUCAUGAGCAAUGCUUACUAUUAUGUCCUGAUCUUAAUUAAUUUCUUUUACAUUAAUAUACUAGGCCAGCCUCAAUUGAGUGCCAAUGGGCUAGGCUUAGCUAUUUCAACACCAUAUCAAACGAGGCUUAGACAACAUUAGCUCAAUGCAUCUAUCUCCGACUAGGUAUCGAGGUUGGAAUUCUACUAGAUGUGCAAGAUAUGCAGAAUAUGGUGGAAAGGUACAGUUGAUAUUCUUCCAAUCCUAUAUUUGAGACAACGAC